AUGCGCUCCAUAUUCUACACCCUCCUGUCGCUGGCAACGCUUACUACUGCCCUUGCAAUUGAGACGACCGCUCCAAAGGCAAAGGCCAAGGCCGCCGACGACGACUGGGAGGAGAAGCAGCCCGACACCAUAUUCAACGGCCAGACUGUGCCGCCCAUGAUAGAGCUGACACAACAUAACCUCGACACGGAGAUCGCCAAGGGAAACUGGCUCGUCGAAUUCUUCUCACCAAGCUGCCCCCACUGCAUGCACUUCAAGCCGACCUACCAGACCGCGUACGAGUUCUACUACACCUCGAAGCCCAUCACCUCCAAAGACGAAAGCGAGGGCGACUCGCUCAAUUCCUUUACGCGAUACUACGACUUCAAGUUUGCGAAAGUCGACUGUCAGGCAUUUGGCGAUGCUUGCGUCGCCCACAAUGUAGCGAGCUAUCCGUCGCUGUUCUUCUUCACAGAUGGCAAGCUGGUGCAGCAGGAGGUUGGCGCCAAGGAUAUGGGCCAUUUGAGCAAGUGGAUAGAAGGGCUCCUCGAAUCCAUCCGUCCAGGGACCCGCAAGGAGGGCGGCCCCAAGCUACCCAAGCCUGGCGCGAAGUCGGUCGAGGCUGGCCCAGAUACUGAGGACGUGGUCAAAGAGAAGGCAAAGGUGGAUACCGAAGACAACAAGGCCGCCGUGUCCGCUGCGAAGAGCACUCCGACCAAAGCUGCCAAGCCUGCGAAGGCGACGCCAACCACCAAGGCAAACCUGGACGGCGAGGUGCAAAUCCUUACCGCCGAGAACUUCCCCAAGCUCGUCACCGACUCCAUGGAGCCAUGGUUUGUCAAAUUCUACGCACCAUGGUGCCAUCACUGUCAGGCCCUUGCUCCCAACUGGAAGAACCUGGCGCGUCAGAUGCGUGGAAACUUGAACAUAGGCGAAGUCAACUGUGACGAGCAGAAGAGGCUAUGUAAAGAGGCAGGUGUCCGCGGAUAUCCAACCAUGCUGCUCUUCCAGGGUAAUGCGCGCGUAGAGUACGAUGGUCUGCGGGGGAUCGGCGACUUGAUGAGCUAUGCUGAGAAGGUUGCUGCUGUUCGUGCUGGCGUGCAAGAGGUAGAUGCUGAGGACUUCAAGAAGAUGGAGGAGACUGAGGAGGUCAUUUUCACAUUUUUCUACGAUCACGCGACCACCAGCGAGGACUUCCAGGCUCUGGAGAGACUUCCCCUAAGCAUUGUUGGAAAGGGGAAGCUGGUGAAGACGAAUGACGCAGAGCUUGCCAAGCGCUUCAAGAUAUCGACGUUCCCACGUUUAAUAGUUUCGCGCGACGGGAAGCCCUCGUACUACCCACCAAUCACACCCAAGGAGAUGCGUGACACCAAGAAGAUUACCACCUGGAUGAAGACGGUCUGGCUCCCGCUUGUUCCCGAACUCACCUCCUCGAAUGCCAAGGAGAUCAUGGAUGGCAAGAUGGUGGUGCUUGCGGUAUUGACAAGGGAACGCGCCGACGAAUUCACUCGAUCCAAGCGUGAGCUGAAGAACGCCGCGCUCGAGUGGCUAGACAAGCGCGAAGCUGCGUUCCAGGCCGAGCGUCAAGAACUUCGUGAUGCCAAAAAAAUGCGCAUCGAAGAGGCGACCGACAAGAAUGACGAGCGAGCUCUCAGAGACGCGAAGCAGAUCCGAAUCGACACAGAACAGCUCCUGAAGACUCAAGUUGGCUUCGCAUGGGUCGAUGGUGUCAUGUGGGGACGCUGGAUCAAGAGCACAUAUGGCAUUGAUGUCAAGGAUGGCGAACGAAUCAUCAUCAACGAAGAAGAUCGCCACCGCUACUGGGACCUGACCAGCUCAGGCGAACAAAUCAAGCCAUCACGCGCCUCAAUUCUCGAAACUCUGGGCAAGGUAGCCGUCCCUUCGCCAAAACUUGCGCCCAAAUACACUAGGAGUGCAUUUACCCGGUUCUUCGUCUCGACGAGUGCAUUCGUGACUACCCACCCAUUCCUUAGCCUGGGCAUGGUAGUUGGUUUCUUCACCGCAAUCGUGCUCAUGGGCAAGAGCAGGAGCCGGCGGUCAUUCAACAGGGGAUUCAUCAACCUCGGCGAGAAGGAGGGCCUCUUGGGCGGUAAUGGAAACGGCGCAAAGCACGACUGA